GAGUCUCCAGAAGCUUCCCUCCUCCUAUAUAAGCCCAUGGGGAGGGUCAUUUGAAGCAUCCUGUGACAUUAUGCUGCCCAAGGACGCGGACCACCUAUGCAUUCUAAAAACUUGCAGUGUUUUUGCUGCAAGGAAUAUGGGCAUAUUGCUGCCACUUGCCCUAAGAAGUUUUGUUUUUAUUGCAAGAAGAAGGGUCACAUUAUCAAAGAAUGUCGUAUUCGCCCCCAGAAUCGUCAGGCCCAAGCAUUUCAGACUUCGGUUAUUGUCCCUCCUGUAGCCACACACGACUCUCCUUCAGCUGCGUGCUCUGUUCCUGCACCUCCUGCACCAGAUUACUGCACCCCAGAAAUGGUACAACGGAUGUUAAUUUCAGCAUUAUCAGCAAUGGGGUUUCAAGGACCAGGUAACGGGGAAGCCGAUCGCGAAGGGACCUAAAGUGGGGCGCUUGUUUCCACUAUUUUUACCUGUUCCAGAUUUUUCUCUACGUUCUUCUAUUAAGUCUUUUGCUUGUAAUAAUGUUUCAGAUCUUAAUAUGGUGUGGCAUCGUCGUUUAGGCCAUCCCAAUACUUAGAUCUUAUCUCAUGUAUUGAACUCUGGUUUACCUGGUAAUAAGGAUCAUUGUUCUUUAUCUCUUGAGUGUGAUUCUUGCAAACUUGGUAAAAGUAAAACUCUUCCCUUCCCUUUGCAUGCAAGUAGAGCAUCUCACUGCUUUGAUCUUAUCCAUAGUGAUGUUUGAGGACCUUCCCCGAUUAGUUCACAUGAGAAAUUUAAAUAUUAUGUGACUUUCAUUGAUGAUCAUAGCAGAUUUACUUGGGUCUACUUUCUUCGCUCUAAAUCUGAGGUCUUUCGUACUUUCACUGAGUUUUUAGCGUAUGUUGACAAUCAAUUUUCUACUUCUAUUAAGACAUUACGCACAGAUUCCGGUGGUGAGUAUUUGUCUACUGAGUUUCAAGCAUUCUUGGCUUCUAAGGGUAUUAUUCAUCAACGUUCAUGUCCCUCUACUCCUCAACAAAAUGGAGUUGCCGAA